AUGGCCGAGUCCCCGGAUGCUUUGCGAAGCCUGGGGCUUUCUCUGGUCAGUAUGCCCCAGAUUCAGCUGACGCUUGCCUCCGCCCUCGGUAGCCAGGCCAGCAAGACUCCGCCUCCCGUAUCUGUGAGUGAAGAGCCUAGCGAGAUGCAAGAGGCUGUGCUGCCCGCUGAUGUGGAAAGCGCGGAGGGCGUCAGACUCCGAAUGCAGGCAGUGGUCGCUGAGCUUGGCCUGUCUGCCUCGCUUGUGGCUGUGGAUCCGCAUCCGCCAUAUUAUGAGCAGACGCUGGAGUGGAGGCGCGAUCGACUCGGUGCGAGCACCGUGGAUGAGCUGUGCAAAAGCGUGGUCAUGGAGAACACGAAACUUGAAAGUGACGCUGACGCAGGACGUGUACGAUCUGUGCUUGUGGUCGUUCAAUAUGUGGCAAAGCUCCACAAGGAGAAGCUAAUCAAAGCUGUGCAAGCCAUUGAAGCAGCCAGGGGAUUGCCAGCUUUGGGGAAGAAGCAAUACAACAUGCGCUUGCUGGAAGGCCCUGCGUGCCAAGCCAUUACGGGCUACGGCCACAAUGCCGUGACGCCGUUGAAGCAAGAUCUCCCCAUGAUACUCAGUGACGCCAUUGCAAAUCUUCCUUCCGGCCAGUUCUGGUUAGGCGGCGGACAUAUUGACCUAAAGCUCCGACUGCAAGUGGAGGAGGCGGUGAGUGUCAUGAAGAUGACGGUUGCAGACGUAACAUCCUGA